GUCAUUUCUCUGACGCUUUUUUUUGCGAACAUUUCCUCAUCUUCACUCGACUUUAAACAACGUAAUAGUUGUUCAGUGUUCUGUACUGCGUAGCACACUACUGUUCGUAAGUUUUGAUUUCCUUCAGUUUAUCGGUAGCUUCAGGAAAUGACACUUUAAGAUACUUUUUUAAUCACGUUCUCUUCUCUAGUUAAACGAGGGGAUUAACAACGUCAGUGGAUAACAGUGAGGUUUUGCCCAUAAAUAUGGCAUCAAAGUCAAGCAUAGACCAUGCGGUGAUUCCUAUGACAGCUUUAAACUGCAAUUUCCGGAAGAAACUGGGACUGUAUUUAAAUCCACAAAACACAGUGGCAGCAGACUGGAGGACAGUCGCCGAAAUGAUGGACUUUACCUACCUGGAGAUCAAAAAUUUCGAGAAAAGGGACUAUCCCUUUGAAAAGGUUUUAACGGAGUGGGAAACUCGUCCAGAGGCCACAGUAGCAAAUUUACUGUCGAUUUUAGAAAAAGCCGAAAGGAAAGAUGUUAUAUCAGACCUCAAAGAGAUUAUAGAUGAUGACUGCAGGAAGUAUUUGGAAAGACAACUGAGGAAGCCCGUCCAGGUUCCAGUGGUGGACAGCUGCGGGCCCCGCACACAGGAGCGAGAAGGCAUCACGCUGUUUGAUGAUCCACAAGGACUAAUACCGGAGACCUUUGAUGCCUUCAUCUGCUACUGUCAGAAUGACUUCCAGUUUGUCCAUGAGAUGAUCAAACAGUUGGAACAGACUGAAUACAACCUGAAGCUGUGUGUCUUUGACCGAGACGUCCUUCCUGGCACGUGUGUGUGGACCAUCGCCAGUGAGCUCAUAGAAAAAAGGUGUAAGAGGAUGGUGGUGGUCAUUUCUGACGACUAUCUGGACAGUGAUGCCUGUGACUUUCAGACUAAGUUUGCACUUAGCCUUUGCCCAGGAGCUCGCACUAAACGUCUAAUCCCUGUUGUCUACAAAACCAUGAAGAAGCCUUUUCCCAGCAUCCUCCGUUUUCUGACCAUCUGUGAUUACACCAGACCCUGCACACAGACCUGGUUCUGGACCCGGCUGGCCAAGGCGCUCGCACUCCCCUGAACAUUUCUAUAGCCGCCAAUAACGGUUUAUUAUACAGUCAUCACUAGGUAAAGCACACUAUUCCCUAUGGAGGAUGAAGGGAAAAUACCUUCUGUGAUUUCUGCUCGCUUGGAGGGUUUCUCAGACUCAGUAGUGAGUCCAGCUUUUGGACAUUUCAAGAAAGGUACUUCUAGAUCUGCCCCAAUCAAAAGGUUGCUCAUUUAGUUUCUUUUUCUUGUCUUGUUUGCAAUGUGCAGAAGUCUUUAUUUUGUAUUUUGCUCUUUAUGGCAAGUGUUUUGGCAGGUGAAAUCUGAAUGUGCAUAAUGUAUUUAAUGAUUUGCUAUCAUUAAACUUUCUUGCGGUGAUGGUACACUCUUAAAAAUAAAUGUUCCAAAAUGGCGUUUUCACGGCGAUGCCAGAGAAGAACCAUUUUGGGUUCCUCAAAGAACCUUUCAGAACCUUCUGAAGUGGAUGUUAAAGAUUCUUCAUGCACCAUCAAUGUCAUUUUUAGAACCUUUCUUUUUAAAAGUGUUUAGUACUAUAAGAAACAUUGAUGUUUUAAUGUACUUUUAAUCUGUCUUUCAUACUGCCAGUGCCUUUUGUGUUAUAAAAUAUUAAUGUGAAAUAUAUUUGUGGAUACCAUGUUUGUUCUGCUAUUUGCCAUGAACGUUAUUACUCUGCAUUUCUUGGUAAGUUCACAGAUUAAUACAGAUUCACUGUCACAAUCUUUAUCUCGGUUACGCAGUCAUAGUUGGUUAACCUUGCUUUUACGUCUUGAAUACCUCAGUCUUCCUGUGACGACAUGUGUUCAUCUGCACAGAAAAGAUAAUGGCUUUUGAUCUGGUAGAUCAGACCUUAUUAUUGUUUCAAUUCUUUUCAAUGUUUUAACAAUUUAUGUAGCUGGCUUUGAAUUUAUUUGCAUUGUUGCUUGUGUCGCAUAACUUGAAAAGCUAUACAGGUCUUUUUAAUCAUUUUUAUAUGCAAACAACACAACUUUUUCCUGUACUCACAGUUAAUUUGGCUGCAAUGCAUAUUAUUUGCUUUAAUAGCAAAAAGCUUAUAUUUCAUACAGUAGGUCAUUCAUGUGUAUACAGAUGGAAGUGCGUAUGUAUAGAUGUAUUUAGAUCAAGUUGCCACAUUUACCGCACUUCCUGUUAGUGGAAACUGUUUCUACUGAAGCAGCGACAAAUGCAUUCUUGUGAAGCUGAUUAGAAAGCCAACAGGAGUAACCUCUGCACUGGAGCAAACCUUGCAGAUUUUAUGAUAGGAACUUUUUUAAAUGUGUGGCGUGGGUGGGAGUGGAUACGUGGGCACGUCUUUCCACUGUUUUCUAAGGUUACGAGACAUAAAUAUUAUUUUUAUUUUAUUUUUUCACUUCUAACAUGGAAUUCAUUAAAAUAUUCUUGGGAA